CUCCCAGGCAUAUGCCAUCAUGAAGGCUUCAUGCUUGCUUCAGCCUUCUCGCGUUGUGGUCUUCCUGCUGUAGUGAAGAGUGUUGGGUUUCCAAUGACGCCCCUGCUGUUUUGGGGAGUGUCAGAAAAAGAAACGUCUUUUUGUAAGAUAAUCCAAGUGAAAAGAAAACCAAGGAUCAAUUUUAGUUUCUAUUGUUAUUUUUGGUCAUAAUAACAACUCAUGCUGUAUUUUGGAAGCAUAAUAGUGAGGAAUUUUUUCAGCGAUACUUUUGUAAUUAUCUGGUUUUAGGCUACAUAUGAGUAAUUUUACUAAUCAAAAAAAUUGAAAAUAGCAGCUUUUUUUUUUUAGUUUUCUUUCUAAUUAAACCAUCUACUCUUAAAUCCAGAGGGAGAUUCUGAUAAGAUGAAAAUGCUCAUCUAUGUGCAUGCUGAACUACAGAAUGGGCAAUUUGUAGCAUCUGUUUCCUGCAAGCACAUUCUGAGUUUUGCUAGAUACUAAUUCUUCUCAGGGCCGUCUACUGUGAAAUAGUGAUAAGAUCCAAGAAAUAAUAUGGUUAUUGUAAUAUUAAACGGCCUUAUUUUAAUAUUCUUAAUGCUAGCACGAGGAAGGACAAAGGACAAAGUAAUGGUGGUUGUCCAUGGGGGCUGUAAGUUGUGAAGAAGAAAAGAGCCUGGGGGGGUUUUGUGUUAAGCAGUAGGGAAGCAACAGUUGCCGAGGCACUGGGAUGUGGUGCCAGUUAUGUAGGUGAGGGAUAACGUCUCGCUGGAACAUGCUCCCGGGGAUAUUGGUUUAACAUAUAGGCACCUAUAUACUUGGAGAUAUAGAGGAUGUAUGCAAAACAAACCCAAUGUAAGUAAAUGUUCAUUAAAACGACUCCGUGACAGCAAGUCGAGGGAGUUCUAUAGAGGAGUAUCCUUUAAUGAGAAGUCAUUGCCUUUGAGCGCAAACUAUUCAGUUUGACUUUGAAACUCAGUGUUACUUCAUCAGGUAAUCGGUUGCCUACAGGCUGCAUAAAAACAUUUUGUUCUGAGGCCAGCAGCAGAUUUUUAGGAUCAGUGGCGGUAUAGAAAAGCAUGGUUGGCUUCUUUUUAAGGAAACAGCCAAAAGUGAACUAAAGAGGGGCAAGACAGUUCUCCCUCCCAGAGCAUACAGCUCCCAUGCUGUCUGGGUUCAAACCACGAGUCCCAGUCAACCAGAUGCCACUGGCUGAUCUGCCCCCAGUAUCAGUGAGAGGCUGGAGGGAGCCCUCGGUUUCUUCUCACCACAGUAACUCCGCACUUUGAAGACUUCAACAGGCAAGGUGUUAUCUUACUGUGGCAUCGCUGCCUUUAAAUUGUCAUAGAGCGUAACAGUGGUGGCAUCAACAUAACUGCUGCUGUGCUAUUAUGGUAUUUUUCCAGACAUCAAGAUACGUAGAUGCUAUCGAUAUUAGAACUAAUUUUGCCUUUUAUACGCUUUUGUUAUUUCUUCGUUAGGCAUCACACAGAAAAUAGCAUUAUGGUGAUUAAAUACUGAAAUUAGUAAGCACAGCCUCAUUCAUUUCAUGGAUUUUAAUUUUUCCCCUUGUUAGAAAGGAAGACUGUUCUAGGAAGAGAUUGGGUACUGUAUUAUUGCUUUAACACACUAGCACACCAACUUUUUAGUAGAGAAUAUGCAAAACUUCAAACCAAAAAGAUUCCAUUUUUGUAAAAUUCAGUAGUUUUGAAUUAUUCCUACAAAUAUAGUUUGAAACAUUACUGAAACUCUUCUGUAACAAAACCAGUCUGUUUUUUUGGCAGUGACAUUACUAACUCACUACCUGCACUGAUUACCAAAUGCCAAAAACACAUGGAAAGCAUUAUGAAACUUCACAUUUAGAAAUAGUUCAGAGAUUUGAUGUGCUCCUUGUGAUCAUCUUCACAGGUGCGCUGUUUUCUGGCUCCACUAAGAAGAUAAUUUCUAAAUUUUACAGUUUUGAGCUACUUGAGGUUUGCAUUCACCGCGUUAGAUCGUGCAGCAGCAUUCGCUUUAUAAAAUCAAAAUAUGUGUGCGUGUUUGACAAAUCUGCCCUCAAGUUUAGUCAUCAACAGCGAUUAUUCAGAACAUCUGCUGUUUCAUGUGGCCAAAUUGUCCAGUUUAAGCUUUCUGACAUUGGAGAAGGGAUCACGGAGGUGACUGUGAAAGAAUGGUAUGUAAAAGAAGGUGAUAGCGUGUCUCAGUUUGAUAGCAUCUGUGAAGUACAAAGCGAUAAAGCUUCCGUUACUAUUACUAGUCGUUAUGAUGGCAUCAUUAGAAAACUCCAUUACAAUUUAGAUGAAAUUGCUUAUGUUGGAAAACCAUUAGUGGACAUUGAAAUUGAUGCUUCAAAAGGUGUUGCCCCAGAAGAAGAUGUUGUUGAAACACCUCCCAUGUCUCAUGAAGAGCACACUCACCAAGAGAUAAAAGGUCACAAAACAUUAGCAACCCCUGCAGUUCGUCGUCUGGCCAUGGAGAACAACAUUAAAUUGAGUGAAGUUGUUGGAACAGGGAAAGAUAACAGAAUCCUUAAAGAAGACAUUCUCAAUUACUUGGCCAAACAAACAGGAGCUAUUUUACCUCCAUCACCAAAGGCUGAAAUUAUCCCACCUUUGCCAAAAUCGGAGACUGUGCCAGCUGCUCCAAAGGACAAAGCACGCAGAAUUCCUGUACCUGUUUCCAGACCCAUUGUGUUUUCAGGAAAAGAUAAAACUGAACCUAUAACAGGUUUUCAGAAGGCAAUGGUAAAGACUAUGAGUGCAGCCCUGAAGAUACCUCACUUUGGUUAUUGUGAUGAGAUUGAUUUGACUCAGCUUGUUCAGUUGCGAGAAGAGCUGAAACCUGUAGCACAAAUUCGUGGAGUUAAGCUUUCCUUUAUGCCUUUCUUCAUAAAGGCAGCCUCUCUGGGUUUAUUGCAGUAUCCCAUUCUUAAUGCUUCUUUGGAUGAAAGCUGUCAAAACGUCACGUAUAAGGCUUCGCACAACAUUGGAGUUGCUAUGGACACAGAGCAAGGUUUAAUUGUCCCAAAUGUGAAAAAUGUUCAAGUUUGUAGUGUGCUUGAGAUUGCUUCUGAAUUAAAUCGCCUACAGUCCUUGGGCUCUGCAGGCCAACUGGGAACAAAUGACCUCACUGGGGGCACGUUCACCCUUUCAAAUAUUGGCACAAUUGGUGGCACUUACACCAAACCUGUGAUACUACCUCCUGAAGUAGCUAUUGGAGCACUUGGAAAGAUACAGGUUCUUCCUCGGUUUAAUGGAAAUGGUGAAGUAUUUAAAGCACAGAUAAUGAAUGUGAGUUGGUCAGCUGAUCACCGCAUCAUUGAUGGAGCUACAAUGGCCCGGUUUUCUAACUUGUGGAAAUCUUACUUGGAGAACCCGGCUUCGAUGCUGCUAGACCUUAAAUAAAGGAAACCAUGGCUAGAACAUGCCUUUACACUCUGUGGAUUAGACUGAAUAAUUAUAAAAGCUGGCUCUGCUAGCACGUGCCCUUUGCUACUCACAUUAUAUAAUUAUUUUAUAUGGUUAAAAGUUCUCAACAGCUGCUAUCAGUCUAUCAAUUAGUUGUUACUUCUUUUAAUUAGCAGUGCUGUAAUUUCUUCUACAGCAGACUGUCAAACUUAAUAGGUCAUGACGCGCCUUCUGAAUCUGGUGAUGGAAUGUCUUUAUUUUGCCUUUUAUAAUAUAUACGGUUGCAAGGCUGGUAUGACUGAAUGGCACUUAUCUACAUCUGCAGUAUUUAUAAUCCAAUUAACCUGUUUUGAAGGGCAAUACUCAAAGUUCUUCCUUGUUGGACACGUAAAUUUAUUUUAACAAAUAAUAGCCAAACUCGCAAAAGGAGUUAUGCAAAAAUCAUAUACAAAUAAAAUGCCUUUUAUGCUUCUGCUGUAAGAUGUCCAGAGAGCUUUUUGUUGUUUAACUGAGUAAACCUCUCAAGUCUUUUGCUACUCCACAUUCUCCUGGCAAUUACUUGCACAGGUACUCUUUAUCAUCCUAUAAAUGAAGAGGUCUUAUUUAUUCAAAUGCUUACUGAUAACAUUUAUCAAUAACUAUCAGGGCCUUAAUACUCUCUAGAAUAUCCUGUAUUUUUAUAGGCUGGAAGUAGUUGCCAUCCUUAAAUAAGUUUCUAGAUAUUUUUGUUCCUUAUAGAAAGCAUCUGUCUGUUAAAAAAAAAAAA